UUCCCGUCAGCUGUGGACAUCGCUAGCUAGCAAAGCCAAAGCCAAGGAAUAAACCUGCUAAAAAUAGACAGUUCUGAUAAUACUCAGAAUUUCUCCUCGGUUGAGAAUCGUGAAAUAGAAUAUCUGGAGUCUGAGCCUCCGUAGAGUCACCAUGAGUCUGCCAAAGGCAAAGAUGGAUAAUUAUUCAGAUAUCCAGGUUCAUUUCACAGCCAAGGAUUGGGCCAGGAUCAGCAAUUACGAGAGAAUUUGUAUCAAGAACAUCAAAGAAAACUAUGAGAUGAUGCGAGAAGUCGGAUUACAGGUCAGUCCACCAAUGUUCAUGCGACAUGGCAAUGGAAAAGCAACACAGGUGGUAGAAGAAAGUGACGAGAUGAAUACAAGAGAUUCUGGAAUCUAUAGAUGCGCGGACUGUGGAUCACCUUAUGCUAUUCCUCUCAUCUUAGCAAGGCAUCUCAAGUACAAACACGGCUUCAACGGGGUCAUCCUGCCUGCAGAUGGACCAAGGGGAGAGGUUCUCCAGAUCAUCUAUGGUGAAAUUAAACCCAACGAUCCUUCGCUACAUGAAAAGCGAUUCAUACUACAGGGGAGCAGCAGAGUAAUAUUUCAGGAUGAAUCAUGCGGGGAACUAUCCUAUCUCGCGAUUAAAAAUCAUGAUGGAAAGGAGUCCCUUGCACCUGAUCGAAGGUGUAAGGCGUUUGGCGAUGAUCGUCAGCCACAGGCAGAAGAAAUGACCCAUCCAGGGGAAAAUGCAUUGACUCAAGAAACAAAUCUUGCAGCGCAUGAAUCAAUUGAAAGUGAUUACCUUUGUGGAGGAGAGUAUUGCGAGGCAUUUACUCCAGAAUCUAACGAUGCAGCACGUAAACCAAUUGAAAGUGAUGGCUGUUAUGAACGGGAGCAUUAUGAGGCGUUGACUCAAGAAUCUAAUGAUGUAGCGCAAAAACCAAUCGAAAGUCAUGGCGGUUAUGAACGAGAGCAUUGCGAGGUAUUUACUCAAGGAUCUGAUGAUGUAGCACAUAAACCAAUUGAAAGUGAUGGCCGUUAUGAACAAGAGCAUUGCGAGGCAUUUACUCAAGGAUCUGAUGAUGUGGCACAUAACCCAAUUGAAAGUGAAGGCCAAUGUGAACAUGAGCAAUGUUGGAAGAUUGAUAGUGAUACAGGUCCGUCCAGUAGACGUGCACGAGUUCGUAAGAAGCCGUGUGUAUGUGAUCUGUGUGGUAAGGGCUUUUAUGACGGAGCAAAUUUGAAGAAGCAUAAACGAAUCCAUACAGGUGAAAAACCCUAUGAAUGUAAACAAUGCGGGAAGAAAUUUAGGUAUAAAAGUUCUCUUAAUAGACAUACACGAAUCCAUACAGGUGAGAAGCCCCAUGUUUGCGAUCAAUGUGGUAAGGCAUUUAUUGAAAAAUAUACUCUUACACUACAUAAGCAUAUCCAUACAGAUGAGAAGCCCUUUGUAUGUGAUCAGUGUGGUAAUUUGUUUACUAGUGUACGAGAUCUCACAACACAUGAACGUGUCCAUACAGGUCAGAAGCCCCAUGUAUGUGAUCAGUGUGAUAAGGAAUUUUCUCAGGAAUAUGAUCUCUCACAGCAUAAACAAAUCCAUUUAGAUGAAAAGCCAUUUGUGUGUCGCCAAUGUGGUAAGGCAUACACAAGUAAAAUUAAUCUGAAAUCACAUAUGAAAAUACAUAAGAAUCUACAUAAGAAUCUGAAAUCACAUAAGAAAAUACAUAAGAAUCUGAAAUCAUGCAAGAAAAUGCAUAAGAGUGAAAAAAAGUCACAUGCAGAAGGUCAGUGUGGAAAAUCCCUCGUAACAAAAUUUAAUUUUAGAUUACAUAAAAUCACCCAUACAGAUGAGAAAUCCCAUGUAUGUGAUCAAUGUGGCAAUUCAUAUACUAACGUACAAGAUCUAACAACACAUAAACGAAUCCAUACAGUUGAGAAACCCGAUGCAUCUGAUCAACAUGGUAAGGCAUUUAAUCAAGCACAUGAUCUAAAAAAACAUGAAGUUCACACAGGUGAGAAGCUCUAUGUGUGUGAUGAGUGUGGUAAGCGAUUUAUUUACGCGGGUGCUCUAUCAACACAUAAAAAAAGCCAUACAGAAAUACAGAAAUCAUUUGCAUGUGAUCAAUGCGGUAAAGCAUUCAAACGAGUGCAUCACCUCACGAGACAUAAACGAAUCCAUACAGGUGGGAAGCCCUAUGUAUGUGAUCAAUGUGGUAAGGCAUUUAAUGAUAGCACCAAUUUGGUCAGGCAUAAACGAAUUCAUGCAGAUAAGAAGCCCUUUGUGUGUGGUCAGUGUGGGAGGGCAUUUCAUGAUCCAAGUAACCUCAAGAAACAUGAAAAAAAUCAUAGACUUAAGCAGCUUCAUCAAACACAUCAUCCAAGCGUACAUAAGCAAGUCCAUACAGGUGAGAUACCCAAUGCCUAUGUAUGUGAUCAGUGUGGUAAGAUAUUUAGUCAAGCACAUCAUCUAACAAGCCAUAAGAAAAUCCACACAGGUACUAAGAAGCUCCAUGUAUGUGAUCAGUGUGGCAAGGCAUUCAAUCAACCUUACUGUCUCAAAAGACAUAAACGAACGCAUACGGGUGAAAAGCCCCAUUUGUGUGAUGAAUGUGGUAAGGCAUUUAGUGAUGCACGGUACCUCCGUGUACACAAACAAAUGCAUACUGGUGAGAAGCCUUUUGUAUGUGAUGAGUGUGGUAAGGCAUUUUAUCGGGAGUAUUGUCUAAUAACCCAUAAACUAAUUCACACGGGUCUGUGUCCACACGUGUGUGAUGACUGUGGUAAAGCAUUUACUCAUGCAAGAAAUCUAAAGGCGCAUAAACGAUCCCAUACAGGUGAGAAGCCUUUUGUAUGUGAUGAUUGUGGUAAGGCGUUUGGUCAAGUAUCCCAUCUCAAAACGCAUAGACGAAUCCAUACAGGUGAGAAACCCUAUGUGUGUGGGGAAUGCGGUGAGGCAUUUACUUACGCUAUCAGUCUCAAUACCCAUAAACAAAUCCACACAGGAGAGACACCCUAUGUAUGCGAUCAAUGUGGUAACGCAUAUCGUCACAAAAGUACUCUCACAAUUCAUAAACGAUCUCAUACAGGUGAGAAACGCUAUGUAUGUGAUCAAUGUGGUAAGACAUUUACUCAAUCUGCCCAUCUCAAAAGACAUUUUCUCAUCCAUACAGGUGAGAAGCCUUAUGUAUGUGACCAAUGUGGUAAGACAUUUAAUAAAGCUGGUAAUCUCAAAUCACAUAAACGAAUACAUACAGGUGAGAAGCCCUAUGCAUGUGAUCAAUGUGGUAAGACAUUUAGUCAAUCCUGUAAUCUUACAAAACAUAAACAGACCCAUGCGGGUGGCAAACCGUAUGUAAAUUCAUUGUUAUUGUGAAAAAUUCAGCUAUUAAAGAGAAAUUCCAGUAGUUGCAGUAAACACUGAUUUCAUGAGAAAGUCUGUAAAACAAGGCUUAAUUGUCAG